CCCGAGAUGGUCGAGCAUCUCUACUCGUUACUGAUUCCACGCGAUCUGGGUAAAUACACGGCAUUGCAUGCAUGGUGGAAAGAUAUCGCUGAGCAAGCAAGCGAUCCAUCUGCCACUCGGAGACAAUAUGACUCGGACUGCUUGUUGUCAACCAUCAAGCAGCUUUCGAAUCACAGUCACGUCUACGAUCCUCAUCACUGCCCGUGAACUACGGUGGCUAACCACUCCCCACCCUUGUCCUAAGCUUCAUCACACCCGCCCACUCUCAAUGAUUAGAGCAUGGCAACAACGAGCUGAAGCAAGGCAAGUUAAUAUCCCAUAUCGACAUAAUCAACACAAGGAGUCUCGAAAAACUGCAUCUCGGUGCCAUCACUUCGGAUCCAGAAUGGUUCUUGCAUUGAGACAGCUAGCUGUCAUUGUGACUGUGUUCCGCACGUUGGGAGACUGGGCGAACAUGCUGGUAUGUAUACUCAGGUACAUCAAGUCAUUGCUAAGUCCCCAAAAGCCGAUAACUCCUUGCUCAACGACGGACUUAUCGGAGACUCUGGGAUUUAUCUUGAUCACACUGCUCACUGUGUACACUCCACUAUUUGACCAGUAGGGCAUAAAAAGGUGUUUGGCUGCGCUCUAGAGUCCACGACAAGCCGGUUUCCCUUCUGAUCACAGCCAACUUCUUGCUUCCAGUAUCAUCAUAUCAACAUGUCUGGAAAUAUAGUUCUGAUCAGCGGAGCCAAUCAGGGCAUUGGUUUUGAGAUCGCUAAACAACUGAGUGUCAUACCAAACUAUCAUGUUCUCCUUGGAUCACGAGGCUUAGAGAAGGGCGAAUCAGCUGUAUUGCAGAUCAAAAACGUUGGAGGAAGUGUUGAGGCAAUACAGCUCGACAUAACCGAUGGCCAAUCCAUAACAGCUGCACGUGAUUUGGUUGAGACCAAAUAUGGACGUCUCGAUGUUCUUAUCAAUGUAU